ACUGUCAGAUGAACCCGUGCCCGCCGCUCUAUUGAAAAGUCAGACAAGAGACUAUAUGGAUGCUGGACUGUUGCUCAACUCACCCUACAUCUCUGUGCUGAGAAAAGAGAGAAACAUUCACCUCAUUAUUUCCCUGGAUUUCAGUGAUGGUGAUCCUUUCAUGACGGUGAGGGAAGCUGCUGAGAUGUGCAAGAAACAAAACAUCCCUUUCCCUGAGGUCAACAUUCCCAGUGAGGACUUGGAGAAACCGAAGGACUUCUAUGUGUUCAAAGGCCAAAACGUUCCAACUGUGAUACACAUCCCUCUCUUUAAUGUGGUCAACUGUGGAGAUAAAAUUGAGGACUGGAGGAGCAAAUAUAGGACUUUUCAAGGUCCUUACAGUGCUGAGAUGAUCACUGAUCUUAUGGAGGUCGCUGGAAAAAACAUCACAAACAAUAAAGCAAAAGUGGUGGAAGAGAUUUGUGCGAUUGUUGGGCUCCAGGAAUAA